UACUGUACGCUCUUUUAUUCACUGAAAGGUGUAGCUUUGCUACCUGUGGGCGGCUAAACGUUCUGAAGUUUUGGGAAAGCGGUUUGAAACAGAAUUUCAACAACUGUGUCACAUGGUCUCACCGUCUGGAAUCACCGCAUGCUGAUAUGCAAACCUCAGAACUACGUCACUUGUCGAUAGCUCCAGAGCCUGCAUAUUGUCUCAAGACAAAAACUGAACACGAAGAAAAGAUUUUUAUCAACGUUAGCACAUCUAAUCAGUUGCCUGCACCCAAAGAUAUCAGUGCAGAAGAGUUGGCUGAGAUUGUGGCUCUAGAAGAUCCAACUCGCUAUCGUGUUCCUCUUAGCAUUGGUCCUCCUCAUGCUGAAAUUGACAAGUCCGGCAAAGGGUGUACAGUGUAUGAUAUAAUUGUACAUCCUCUCUUUUAUGAAAAAACAGAGACUGAUCCUAUUUUUAUGAGUUUUUUUGUUACUAUUAUGUUCGAUGGCUUGGAACAGAAAUACAGUCUUGCUUUGGAUAGAAAAUUUACUAGACUCAAGAGGAAAAAAGCUAUGGGCUGCUUGACAGAGCAGUUUGUGAGGACUUCACGGAAACCACUUAUAAUGGAAAUGAAAAAUGAGGAAGAGACUUGUGUUGAGGAAAGUGUUGCUAGAGAACCAGAAACUUACGCAAAUGAAGAGCAUAACAGUGAUCCUCAACCUGAUUUUGUUAUCUACCGAGAACCGGGAACUGGAAAACCGGACUUUAUUGUACUCGAAGUGAAACUUCCUGGAGUUCAUUCUUCUAAGUAUGUGACGCUGGACAUAGGUGAAGACUGUGUUGUAUUGAAAACAACAGGCAGAGCGAAAUUUUAUUUGGAUGUCGAUCUAACAUACUAUGUUAUUAUUAGUGACGCCAGAGCACAGUUCAACAGGAAAACUAAGGUCAGAUGUUCUUGCAGCAGUUCACAUUGUCUGUCUGUCAGCUUGCGUGUCUGUCAGCUUGCGUGUCUGUCAGCUUGCCUGCUUGCCUGUCUGUCUGUCUGUCUGUCUGUCUGUCAAUACAUAUAUUUUUCAUAUUUAAAUUAGGAUACAAUAGCGAAUGGCUAACUAAGUUUGUCCUAUGACAGUAAAAGCAAGAGAAAACAACUAACAACUAAAUACAAUAUAUAUUUAACGACUAAUUGGUUAAAAGGGAUCAUGUGAUCCCUUUUCUAUAGAACAUCUACGAGUCUGGGCACUUGGCCUGUCCUGACAACGCAUUACUGAUUUUCUUCAGAAGUACAUUGGCAUUGCAACUUUGCAAUUGAAUGGCAGUUCUUUGACGUCAAUAGUCUUUAAACUCUGCUCUGUUUGAUUUUCCAAAGUCAUCCUUUGAUCGUUUUGACAAGUCAUCUAAAUAGGUCUCUGCCUUCUUGCUCCAUCUUCCAAAAUGUUCCAAGACUUAGUGGAACCACUCUCACAGACAACCCACCAGGGUGUUUUUUGUCUUGUAGCGAGCCAACUUCCUGU